UACGCGAACGGAACGGACGUGCGUGCCCGUACUUCGUGGCCCAAAAACUCAUCGUUUCAGUGUUGUAGCGUUUGUUCAUCUUGACUGCUGCUGCUGUACCGUGUUAUACUCUGUUUUCACCCGGAGCGCAGGAAGCAAAAAGGGACCUGGUAGAAAGAUGUUCGCCUCACCGUGUCUACUCUAACGGGUGCGUGUGUGUAUACAGUCAGUUUCUUCAGGAAUCUUCUCGCACGGCCGGCGGUAGCAUUCUCGUCCUCUACACACGGUGCAAAGUGCGUCAGCAGCAGGAGAAAUAUCUUGAAGCAUUUUUAAAAAACAUAACUAGUAGAAGACCCCAUCCUGUGUGAAAAGUGUGUCCCAUGUGUAUGGUGCAAUAGUGAUUGCGAAACCCCCUCCCAACCCCUUCCUACCCCUUACGCUGGGGGGAAGGUUCACCGUAUCCGUGGCCGUCGUGUGUCUUUUUUUCCGUGAUUUGUUUGAACGCGCAGUAGUAGUCGUGGUGGAUAAAUGGUCUUCGUUCGGUCCUCUCGAUCAAAGCAAUCCGUGCGCGUGUAGGUGGCUGUCUGUGUGGGGCAGUGUAUUGUUGUGUACAGUGCGUUUUGGGGUGGUGAAGUGUGCAUCUGAAGUUCAGAGGUGGCUCGAAAAAAAAAGUUUGCAAAAGCUGUGAAUUAAAAGGGUGAAAAUUUGGUGUUGUUUUGUCCCCACCGAAGGGUGAAAAUAGUAAGCGUGUGAAAACAUCCCGGUUUUCCGGUUCGAUUUAAUUUCGUGCGAUCCCGAGUGCGGGUGGAUUACGCGUCGUUUGCGCCGCUGCAAGAGCGAACACCACCAUGGCCCGGCUUAUGCUGGUGUGGCUCGCCCUGUGCGCCGCCACCGUCCCUGGCAGCGAAUCGGCCGUGCCGCCGUCGGCCUGGUCGUCGCGGGUGCACCGAACGGCCCGGGAUACGAUGGGCGAUGGGCGGGACCACCAUGCCGCCGCCCAGCCCCGCUCGAUGCUGUCCUGCGACCGUGUCAACAACUUCUUCUCCUCCAUCAAUGUAACCGUCAGUCAAGGAUCACAGCACGACCAAGGCCCGGUGUGCGGCGGUAUCUGCUGCGAUGCCGAGACCGAACGACAGCUGCAGGCGAAGGCGACGAAAACCUUCGAACGACUAGUCAAACACCACAUCCGAAGCCAGCGGGGACUCUGGGAGUCGGCUGCUAAUGUGUACAAAGACUAUCUGCUGCAGCUGCUGCAACAGUCGGAAAACAAAACGCUCAACCUGUUCUCGACCGUCUACCGCAAGAUGUCGCCGCUGUCCCGCGAGCCGAUCCGCGAGCUGUACGAAACCAUCCGCCAGAAGCUGCUGGCCGACCAUGCCGGGGACGAUUUCGAGAUUAUGACGAUUCUCUUCUUCCGCGAUCUGUUCCCGGUCGCGUACCACCACGCGAUCCACUCGGACGUCCACGGUACGGAGCGGGGCCGCCCGGCCAGCGCCGGCAACAGCAAUCGGGACUUUCACAGCGACUACAAGAACUGUCUGGUGCACACGUACGACGAUCUGAAACCGUUCGGCAUGGUGCCGCAGGAACUGUCCAGCUCGCUCGUGUCCUCCGUCAGUGCCGCGUCCGUGCUGCUGCGCGCCCUGCGCGAAGGGGCCGAGGUGCUGCUGAAGCUCGAGGAGGUGGGCGUGUCUGCGCCGAGCUGCCGGCAGGCGCUGCUACGCAUGAACUACUGCGGAAGCUGCAAGCGGUACAACCAUCUGCACGCCAAACCGUGCGCCGGCCUGUGCCAGAAUGUGAUGCGGGGCUGUCUAAUCGAGUUCGUUGGCGCACUGAACAAGGGCUGGUCGACGCUGACGGAGGCGAUCGUACCGCUGAUCGGAACCGUCCGCUCGGUCGACGGCAUCGAGACGGACAUCAAAUCCCUGGACGGUAAACUGUCGAACGCCAUCAUGCACGCGAUGCAAAAUGGACCUCAGCUUGAAAAACAGGUCGAACAAGCUUGCGGCGUACCGUCGAUGAUGCCAUCCGAAUAUCUGGCCGACGGAUCGUACGACGAUGCACCGCAGACGCUGGCGGGCAGCAGCAAGUGGCCGCUCGCACCGAACAACGAGAUGCUCCAGUUCGAGAUGACGAUCGACAAGAACAAGGAUCUGUUCAUUCAGCUCUCUACGACGCUGUGCGAAGAUGAAGACUACCACCCGACGGACGAGGACUGCUGGACGGGCAGCAGCCUGAGCGACUACACCCAGCAAGUGGUGACGACGAUCGGCGACCGGUACAACCCGGAGGUGGUGUACAAUGCGAGCGCGACCGUCUCGCCCCACAUGCAGACGCUCGUCGAUCGGCUCAUCAAUCUCAAGACGGCGGUGAACAAAGCGUACUCAUCCAAUACGUUCAGAAGUGACGUAGACAAGAUGCAGUCCGACAUGGCGGAAGGUUCGGGCGAUUCGUACCCCUCCGACGACGAUGAGGAUGGCGAUCUGGCCUCGGGUUCCGGUGACGACGUCAACCCGCGCACCAUUUUCAGAGACAAUCCCAACGUCACGCCCAGCCACACCGAUGUUAGCGCCGCGAAACGAAUCUCGACCAGCUCCUGCUGGAGCUUAAUCACCGUGGUUGCCGUGUGCCUGCAGGUGCUACUGCUCAGCAACGACUUCUGCGGCCACUGAGGGACUGUUGGCGCGCACACACAUACACACACACACCCGUCCUCCUGUCCCUGCUCUGGAUUAACACGACACACCCUUCGAGAAGCAAGCGUAAGAAAGAGUGUAGCAUGAAAAUACGAAAUAUGGCUGCGAAAUACUACGUACACACUGCUGCGGCGUACACACGAUCUUCCUCGAGCCGGCGCAACGCAACCCAGUUCAGGCGGAAAGGUCGUCAAUUAAGUACCGAAAGGCGUGUGUUUGGCGUGUUCCCCCUUGCGUGUGCUGACAACCGAUUUAUAGUCAAUGCAUUAGUAUUCCCGCAGCCCGUCUUGGUGUGGGACGGCCGUGUGAUACCCUUCGGAGUCACUGCAAUCGCAAGGAUAAGUCAUGCACGGUCUGUUUUACUAUUUGAUGUUUCAUUCUUUUCUGUGUCACUCGUUAAGUCAACUGUUAGGAGAGCGGGAACGAAACGAAAUUCAGCUUUGAUAGUGGGCAGCUUUCCUAUUACUACGAUGGUUGGGGUUUGUUUCGUGUUACUAGCAUUGGAAUUCAGCACCAGAGGUGCUUCCGGUUGAUCAUACCCCGGCAGCUAUACGCGAAAAGGCCCAGCUUCUUUUAUUUUUAUGAUGUGUGUGUGUGUUUGUGUAUACACACGGUGCAGCUAAACAGGCUGCUCAGCAAAUCUCAAACCGAAAGAUCACGUUUCGAAACUUGAUCUCUCGUGGACGUGUCAUGGUGGGGUUUUGUUUGUAGGAUUUCAGAAGUCAUUCGAGCCAACCGAUAACACAAAGAGAGGGGGCGUAAGUGUAGUGCGCUCUAUUGGUUUAAUGCCGUGAUGAUUCUUCCACUGUCAUUUAUUUAAUUCGAAAAUGUGUUUUUUUUAUUGCGUAGAAAUCAAGAUUUGUUUUCAAACCCCUUGUCAGUCAUUGGAUCAUUCUGCACGACGUUCCAUUUCGUCUAUUUCUCUCUUACUCUCUCUCUCUUUCUCUCUCUCUCUCUUUCUCUAUCUCUCUAUCAUCUCUUCUCAAACGAGUAUGUCUACUUUAAUUAGUCGUUAACAAAAAAAAAAAACAAGAAAAGCAGAUCAAUAUCGUAGCUAGACCAUUAUCAAAAAACCGAAUUAAAAAGCAAAGCAAAAAAAAAUCACAAAAACAAACUCAUCCUAGAAUCACGAUAUGAUCAUCUUAUCUUUCUACUAAUCCAUACUAAAAGAAACAUGGAAUAAAAAGAUGAAUAAGGAAAUGCGUGCAGAUUUAAGCAGCAGGAAUGGAAGAAUCGAAUCGGUCAUGAAAACAUUAUGUAAAUAAUUAACUUAAAAUCAAUCACCUAGCCUGCUACCGUACCGAAACUGUAGCGGGCAAACGGGAUGCAAACAACAGUUAUAACCAAGAUUUAAAAAAAAAGAAGCAUGAAGAAGUGGAAGAAGCAGUUUUUUUAUCGUUUCAAAAUAGGAACAUAGAAUCAAGCCCGCAAGAAAACAACCUACGCAUGGAUUCUUAAACACUAGUUAACAAAUUCUUCUACACGCACCGCACAUCCACUCGCAAGACACUUUGUUGACGCCGUGCCAGUGUGCCAGACGGUGUAUCAGAACACGGGAACACUCUCAGUCCCUGAUAUUGUGUUGCUUUCGGUAGUGUCGGACGAGCAACUGAUAUCACGCGGACGUAACGAAGAGCAGUAUGAAUUUCCCCGAAUCGUUGCAAACGAGUCGAGUUUUGGCAUGCGAGUUGCAUACUGUUAGGCGGCAUUGUUACCGCUUUCGAAAGCGUGUGCCAUUUGCAGCACAAAAGUAGCUCCUUUUCGUAGCACGCCUAUCGGCAUGGUAUGUGGCAUUAUCAAGUUAAAAUGUGCUCUGCCUAGUUCAUGGCUGCUGUAUUUUUUGUAUUUUUUUAUUUACAAACGCAUUAUUACUCAAUUUCAAUCAGACACAUGGUACGUAUGGUAAGCCACUGUACGCUGUAUCAUAGAGAGCCGAUCGAACUGAAAAUAAUGCCAAUAUUUUUUUCUUUCUUUCAAAAUCAUUCGAUCAAGUCCAGAAACAAAAGUGUACAUUUUUGAGUGUGUAUGUGCGAAGGUUGUUUUUUUUUUGUUUGUUGUGUUUUGGUGCGCAGGUGUUGUCAAAUGCGGAAAUGUUGUUUUUGCGAUAGAACGUGCGCGAGAAGGAAUGAUUCGUUGUACAGUAGUGAUGGUACGGUAUGGUUUGUUGCGCCCAAGCGUGAAAAUAGAACGUUGGGAGAGGGAUGCAAUCACCAUAUAAUGAAGAAGAAGAUUGCCCCCACCACAGUCGUGGUUGUGUGGUUAUCUGUGUGUAUGUGUGUGUGAAACGAGCCGGAAGUCGUUACGCAAUAGAGAGACAAACACAGAGACAAAUUAAAAGCAAAAGCAAAAAGUAAUAGUAGGAAAAAACGGUCAACUGUGAAGUGUAGUAGCGCACGGAAUGCUAACCCAAUUGUUUGAACUAUCUGUGAUUGUGGGAAAAGAAGAUGGAGAGUUAAGCAAAGAUGAAUACAAUCCGGUAUGCGAAAGAGAGCGAGAAAGAGAGGAAGAGAGAAAAUAGGAAUGUGUGUGUUUGUGUGUGGCUUUGGCGAGUGUGUUUGGUGAUCUUCGGUUUCUGGAAGCUGUAGGCAGGUGUGCAAAAUUAGAGAGUGUGCAAAAUUUAAUUUAUUGUUAGUAGAUUGUUGUUUACACGGGCCUACUUACUGCUACUACUACUACUAAUACUACUACUGCUACUACUACGACUACAAGCGUGGGAAAAAGGGAAAGCGGACAAAGGGGGGGGCAGAAUCAUACGCAGUCUGAUCCGUAACGCUCCGUAACGCGUCCAAACUUUUAACAGUUUGGUGCAAGGGAACGAAAAGCGAAGGGAAAUGUUUAAAUUAACACAUAGUUUACACCGCACACACUUGCACAGAAAGCGAUUGAGAGAGAAAAAAAAGAGAGAAAAAGAGAGAGAGAGUGGAAUUGUUCUCGUUUCCAGAACCAGACCGAUCCAGACAGAACGACCUCUUGGGAAAGGGUGUGCGAAAAGGGAAGCGUAAUCUUAUGGUGCCAUGCAUGAACCCCUUUUACUUCCGUGCGUUGAAAAGAGAAAAAAAAUAUAGCAAAAAAGGGGGUUUUGUUGUCAAAGUAACAAACAUGUCAAAACUCAUCCGCCAAACGUACGCGGAGGGGAGAGUACUUGAAACCAAUGGGGAGGAAAAACACAAACUUGCGGAAGAAGAAACGGAUCGAAAAACGGAAAGGAAUGCAAACAACAACAACAACAACAACAGCAACAACAACAGGUAGCAUUAACAUUCAAAUGCUAAUUCCACUUCCAGUGAUAUAUCUUAGAUUUAGGAUUUUUUGUUUGAUUGUUUGUUUGCAAUUAUAUAUUAUGUUUCUGUAGUAUUCUUUUAACAGUGCAUGUGUUGAUUUUCUCUGUCCCCUUCAAACACCUCCCCCCCCCCCACCCCCUUUAGCCACGGUUCGGUAGCAAAGAAAUCAGUCUUCAAAAUUCGAGUCAUAAUUUGUAAAGAAAAAAAAAUCCCUCUUACGGAAACUAAUUUAAAAACGAAAAUUACCUUCCGAAUCGCUAAAUGAGGGGGUGACAGUGUUUUCCCUUUCCCUCAUCCCGUCUCGUAAGCGUACAGCGCUUCCUGUAGUUCUAAAUUUUCAACGCUUGCGCACGCGCUGGAACAAAAUUCGAAAUCCGUGGUAAACAUGCAAACAGGGAGCGGGGAAAAAAAGCUUUCAAAGCCCUUAAAGCUUGCAAUCGGUUUAGCUAUGCAGGUGCAGGCUUCGUGGACAAGGCAAAACUUACCAAACAUCCCUCCUCCUUACCUACUCCCUCCACUCCCCCCCAUACGACUUCAUCCCGACGACGGAGGAAGUUGUACGGCAAAAUUAUUACCAUUAUAAGUGUUAAAAAAAACUUGUUCGGAGAGCGAACAGGAGAAAUGAAAGUGGGGCGAAAAUCAACAAAAAACGCGAUAACGAAAGUGGAAGUGUGCAGUGAAGCAAAACAGAGUGGAAAAAAGCGCAAUUUAUUUUGUAUUUAUCUAAUAAAUACAGUUCAAACACAGGAAGUAAAAAAAAAAUGGAAACAAGAAAAAGAAACGGUAAAUUAAUUAAACUAAGCGCAUGAGUAAAUAAGGUAGAAUCUAGGAUGGUAAUAUAUAUAUAAAAAAAAGUAUAUAUAUUAAAGAAUAGUUUUGAAAGCACGCAACUUGUUGGAAACGAAGCGGUGGCGUAGCGGAGAAGAAAAAGGCGCGACAGGAUCAUGGAUCGGAAAAUUUGCAAUCCACACACAUCCUACAACAGUCCCGUGUGCCGUGUGUGAACGCGCAAUGCGAGCGUAAUAAUGUGUAUUAUAUGUAGGCAAAUAGGAUAUGAAGGGUUUUGUUUUCUGUUUUAUUUUUCCUUUUCUUCGUCGUCGUUGUCGUCGAAAAGCAGGCAAGAAGUAAACAGAAUGAAACGCACCUAGAAAAGUGAUUCAGCGAAGCAGGACAAUGUGCUAACCAAUAGCAAUAGGGAACGAAUUGAAACAAAAACGGAAGAAGCAACCUCACAAUACAACCUCCUCACAAGCGCACACAUACACAAAUGCAGGAAAAAUAGACGGGCCCUCCUUCCCCCUAGGCAGGCACAAUCGAUGAUCGAUGAGUGCGUGUUAAAUGAUGAGUCCUCCUACUCCACUUGAAUUGAUUUGCUUCUCCCCAUCUGCACCCCCCGUCUCUCGGUGCGAGAUAAAAUCGGUGCAAAUGAGAGCGAAAUAGAGAGGGAGAGAGAGGGUGUGGGUAAAAAGCAAAAAAUGAAUAAACGCACUGGACAACGCAUAAAUGAACAAAAAAUAUAUACACAAACACAAGGAAGUGAAAUAGCCAUCGAGCGGUAGGGAAACGUUUUGCUGAAAAAUUGAACCCCUCCAGCUGCAAAGCAGGAAAGUAACACAAACACACUGCAAAAAAAAAAGAAAAAUAGAAUUGCAACAAAAACAACCCGUCAAACCAACCGAUACUGUGCAUAAGGAAAGAGAGGAAACAAUAAACAUAUUAUUCUGAACGAAUAACAAAAUAAAACGGCGUGUUGUGUUUUUCUUAUUGUAGCGGCUUGUUUUGUGCCAUCAUUUCCACGAUUUUUUGGUGAGGCGGGGGGUUAAACUGUCCUGUCCCCUGGCAGGUGCACCGGCUGGAUUCGUAUCCAAACUGCAGGUAAUUCAUUUUUAACUAUUAUUGCAUCAUUGUGUUUGUGUGUUUUCCCUUUCCCUCAUCCCGUCUCGUAAGCGUACAGCGCUUCCUGUAGUUCUAAAUUUUCAACGCUUGCGCACGCGCUGGAACAAAAUUCGAAAUCCGUGGUAAACAUGCAAACAGGGAGCGGG